AGCUCGUCGCCGAGGGGGUCGGUAGGGGAGCUGUGAGGUCAGCGGCACAAGAUGGCGUCACCCCGUCGCGGCUCUGGAGGUGGAGACGCCGCUCGGGCUUCCUAGGGGAGGGGCGAGGCCGAGAGCGACAACCGGAGCCGUCAGCGGGACCGGGGCCGCCGCUCAGAUUCUAAAUGGCUUCUAAGAAGUCGGGAUCCGACUUUCACGGGCCUUUCAGUUAUCUUGAUGAUGUCCCAUUUAAGAUCGGAGACAAAUUCAAAACACCAGCCAAGGUUGGCUUACCCAUUGGUUUCUGCUUUCCUGAUUCUCCCCAGCUUGUCAGAGAAGCCCAGUAUGACUUCUCCCUGGAAAAGAGAACUGUUGAGUGGGCGGAAGACAUCAAAAAAAUCCAAGCAGCUCAGAGAGAAGCAGAGCAAAAGGCUGCGCAAGCAAUAGCUAAUUCCAAGGCUGCUUCAGACAACAACAGCAAAAUGGGCUUCUCUGAAGCUCUGCCACUUCCCAUUAACCCUAUUCUCGCUAGUCUACAGCACAAUAACAUUCUUACUCCCACCCCUGCCAACAGCAGUGCCAUAAAGCAAAAGGUCCUUAGUCCGCCUUACCCAAAGGCAGACUUCAACCCAGCAGAUUUUGAAUGUGAAGAAGACCCAUUUGACAAUCUGGAGCUAAAAACUAUUGAUGAAAAAGAAGAACUGAAAAAUAUUCUUGAAAUUCACGUUGGUACGACUGGGCCAAUUGUCACCCAACUGUUGGAGAAUAACUUGCCCAAAGUAGGGCCAGAAUCUGCGUUACAAGAUCAGGAAGUUCUGGCAUCCAUAGAAAGGGCUACCUUGGACUUCAAGCCCCUUCACAAACCCAAUGGCUUUAUCACUUUACCACAGUUGGAAAACUGUGAAAAGAUGUCCCUGUCUUCCAAAGUGUCCCUCUCCCCCAUCACGUCAGUGAGCAAUAUCAAAUCUCUCUCCUUUCCCAAGCUCGACUCAGAUGAGAGCGAUCAGAAAAUGUCAAAGCUCACAAGCACUUUUCACAGCGCUACCUGUCUCCAAAAUGGCUCUUUACAGGCCUGCUCUCCCAGUAAGGCUAGUGAACUCAACGGACAUCAAGUUGUUGGACUUUCUGCUUUAAAUGUGGACAGUGGAAUGGAGACAUCAACAUUAUCCUCUUCAUCCAGGCUGCCUUCCUUAUCUGUGUCAACACCUUGUACAGAAGAACAAUCAUCUCAAAACACAGCAACUAAGGUACAGAGAGACUACAAGGAAUCAGAGUUCCCUAUGAUAACGCACCAAAACUUCACAGUGUGUAAAGUGCCCAGUAAUACCAGCUGCACUAAAUGGUCAAGCGGCCCCACGUACUCAGACAUGCUGCAGACCCUGUCCGCCAGUGAGAGGCAGUGUGUGGAAACAGUCGUCAACAUGGGAUACUCUUACGACGAUGUCGUAACAGCCAUGAAGAAGAAAGGACAGAAUAUAGAACAGGUUCUUGAUUAUCUGUUUGCACACAGCCAGCUUUGUGAGAAGGGCUUCGAUCCUCUCCUUGUCGAAGCAGCUCUGGAAAUGUACCAGUGUUCAGAAGAGAAGACAACAGAACUUCUCCAGCUAAUGAGUAAAUUUAAAGAAAUGGGCUUUGAACUGAAGGACAUUAAGGAGGUCUUAUUAUUACAUAACAAUGACCAGGACAAUGCUUUGGAAGAUCUAAUGGCCCGUGCUGGAGCCAGCUGAAAACACUGGGGUUCUUGGAGAAUAAUGGAGAGCACCUCCAGGGGAAGGCAGUCUGCCGGCGUAACCAGACCGCUGUCAUCUUCACAGCCGGAGCGUGUGAUGUGCUCUCUCUUUGGGAAGAAGCUCUGCGUUUCGUGUACAUUGGAGAAUGCGACUGACUGAGCCCAUUUGUGUGCGUCACUCCAGCGCACUCUUCCCAUUGAGAGGAGUUAACUUCCUUUCUUAAAUUAAAUUUUGAAAGUGCCCUUUCCUAGGUUUCCUUUUCUGGUUUGGCCACGAAGAGUUUAGACUGCCCAAGCACUACUGGAAUUGUACAUAGACAAAGCUGGAAGUAUUUCCCCCCUCCCCCCCCCCCCCCCCGCCUCACUAUUGCACUGGACUUGGACAGAGGAAUACAAAGUUGGGUUUGAAACAAGAAUGCUCUGGUUCUUUGAAGCUGCUUUCAUGGUGUCAGCUUUACUGAAACACUUGACUGUAUCACAGUUCAGAUUAACUGAAGUUGACCUUUAGUGCAAUGGACUUUUAUUUGUAUUGGGUUGAAAAUUAGUCUGUAACUUAGUGGAACACUGGUUUCUAACCUGUCGCUAUGCAUAAAGAGAGAAGCUGUUCCUUUCCCUCUUGUUUUUGGCCCUUCUGCCACACACUUCUGCCAGACAUAGGUGUCCAGUGCUUGAGUGGUGUGUAAACAGAGUUUCUUCACAACAGGUAAGCUCUGAACUCUAGCUGGACUCACACCCAGUGGCUGGUCCUUGAACCGAAGAGGUCAGAGCUGGGCCUCUGCAAUCUCUCCCCUCCAGGUUUAUAGGUUACUUAAACAAAUGCCCUCCUAGGAAAUCAGUUGAUGGUCUGUUUUAAAUGAUAGUCAGUGUGAAGCAGGGGGUUCAUCUUUCAAGCACUUUCUUUAAAUACAAACAAUAUACUCACUGCAUUCGUUUCAUUUUUUUCACACUGCUUUAGUUACAUAUUCACUAACAUCUAGUAAUAGACAUCAGGUUUUUUUUUUGGUUUGGUUUUGAUAGUUCAAAGUGUAUUAUGUUGUACAUUGUUAAAGAUCUAAAUACAUAAAAUAUACGCAGUUUCUUGAUGAAUCUUUAAUUUGCUAAAUAUUUUGAUUCUGCAGAAAACUCCUAAUAAAACCCUAAAAUGGAA